CGUUUCUGUCAAUGACUGUGCUGUGAGUGCACUCCCGGUGUUUCUGGUGUGACUUGAGCCACAUCGAUUUUCCAGUGAUUUUCAGUUUCGGCGAAAACACCGAAAAUGUCGAUGACAUUUGUGGGUGGUUAACUUCAAUUUUUCCACUUUUGGUUGUUUGUGGUUUAAUUCCGGUGUUGGUGAGAGAUUUUUUAGGAAAUGGCCCAAAUAAAAACCUCAACAAGUUUGGAGCGAACAAGCAUACACGAUAUGUUGAAAGAGACUCCUGCUAACGACACCAGGAGCAAUGUUGUACCUGCCGUACAAACAAACCCCGUUUGUCCAUACUCUCGUUCCGCUCCCACGGGCCUAUCGUCCUGUACCAGCUCACCCGCCAUUCUAACACCAACAACCCCGACCCAGAACGACGACUCGACCAUCCUCAAAACCUCCUCACGGAUUGAAAAUCUCAAAAACUGGUCCAUAUCAACCUACAAGUGCACCAAACAGCUCAUGUUCGAGAAGCUGGGCAAGUCCUCGCGGACGGUGGACGCAGAGCUGGAAUCGCAAAUUGAGCAGCUGCGCGAGACCCAGAAAAAGUACUGCAACAUUUUGCGCCUGGCUAGGGCUUUGACGAGUCACUUUUACCACGUGGUCCAGACCCAGCACGAUCUGGGGGAGGCGUUCUCGGAACUGGCUCAGAAAUCUCCCGAACUGCAGGAGGAAUUUUUAUACAAUUCUGAAACACAACGAAAUUUGACUAAAAACGGGGAAACCCUCCUAGGAGCACUCAAUUUUUUUAUAUCAUCUGUGAAUACGCUCUGUAAUAAGACAAUUGAAGACACGCUGCAAAGUAUUAGACAAUAUGAAGCCGCAAGGAUCGAAUACGAUGCUUAUCGCACUGAUCUUGAGUCAAUGUCCACUAAGCCAGACGGCGCCAUCGGGUUAGAGGAGGCCCAACAAGGGUAUGAGCUGCACAGGCAACAGUUCAUGAAACUGCGGACGGAAGUCACGAUUAAAAUGAAAUUUCUGGACGAAAAUCGAAUAAAAGUGAUGCAUAAGCAGCUACUUUUGUUCCACAACGCCAUCUCCGCGUAUUUCUCCGGAAAUCAGCAAGCCCUGGAGGCUACUCUGAAGCAGUUUAAUAUUAAAGUGAAGACACCAAACUCCACAUACCCCUCUUGGUUGGAACAGUAGUAUAUAGUGCACUUUGUAUUAACAUCUAGUCAUCUGGAUUUUGUGUUACGCUUUAUUAAUUGAUUCCUAAUCUUCAUUCCACCCUUUUUUAUAAAGGUUGUAGCUUUAAAGCAACAUUGUAUUAUCAGUUUCGACAUGAACGUUUCAGUUAUGUAUCUUAACAUUAUUUAUUUUUUGUAUUGAAGUAAAAUUUGUGUAUUAUAUAAAAUAUUAUUUAAUAUAUAACUGAGUUAUGCAAAUAAAGGAAAGCGUUUUUUCUUA